AUGGAUGGGGAUGAUGAAUAUAAUGUCCAGAUUUCUGAACAAUUACUACAAGCAGUUGAUGAAGAUAACGAAGCCACCGUGAGAGACUUACUAAGUAAAAAUGCCUAUAUCAAAUCUUCGGGUGAGCUUAAUCAAAUAGCAAUAAACCUGGCCGUUAAAAAGCAAAAUAUACCAAUUGUUAAAUUAUUAUUAGAUCACGGAUGUGAUGUAAAUGCUUCUACUGUAGAUGGUGAUACCGCAUUUAUUAACUCGCUGCAUCAUUACUUAAAAGGUAAUAGAGCUAUAACAAAACUAUUAUUGCCAUAUUGUAAUUGUAUAAAAUUGGCAGAUGCACUUGAAACACGAGAUCAAAUCCCUGAUCUGUGCUUUAUUAAUUUCAUCCAAUCACUUAUUAAGCACCGUGCAGAUUUUUUAACCAACAACAACAAUAACAAAUUACAAUUAGUAAAACUUCUUUUAGCAAAUGAUAAAUUACGAUUGGUUUGCACGUUUAUUGACGCUGGAUUAUGUAUCAAUUCAGUUACAGCCCACGACGAAAAUAUCUACCAUCUUCUUGCCAAGUAUUGUGAAGAUGACAAGGUCGAUUAUACUGACUUGAUUUUUCAUAAGAUAGAUCUGCACCAUAGAAACAAAGACCAGAACACACCCCUUAUGAUAGCGUCUUUUUUACACAAUCGUUCAUUUAUUAUGUGUUGUAUAGAAGAAUCGGUCCGCCAUCUUGAUAUACAAAACGGAGAAGGUCACACGGCGUUACACUUAUGCAUUAUUGGAUUUGCUGGGAUCAUAAAGAAAUUGAGUAAAUAUAAAUGCGAGAAAUAUCGAAAAGAGUUGUGUGAUUUCAACUAUUUACCCAAUUUUAUGCAUUGUGUAGAUAUCUUGCUUAAGGCGGGCAUUAAAAUUAAUACUCAAGAUAUUAGCGGGAAAACAGCGUUAAUGUGGGCCGUUAUGACAAACAACAAAAUUCUAGUGGACAAACUUCUGAAGGCAAAAGCCGAUUCGAGGCUUUUAGACUGUAAAGGCCGUUCUGCAAUACAAUAUUUCAAUUUUAUGGAUUAUACAGACGAUUUGGCAUGUUUUAAGUUACUUUAUGAAUAUGAUGGAAAUAGAGGUUUAAAUUUACCGCAAAUUAAUGGACAGACGAUCAUUCAAAAUAUGCUAACUUUCUCUGAAUUAUGGAACAUGGACCAAAGAUUGCUUUUCAUUAAGUUUCUUAUCGGUCGUAAUAUUAGUUUACAUGAAUUGAAUUCAUCGGAAUAUUAUGUAAGCUAUAUUUCAUUGAAAGAUUUUUCCUCAAAAGAGAGAAUGAAGUUACGAGAAAUUUUGUACAUCAGCGGUGCACCACAUUCAGAAAUUACCACAUCUUUGAACUUUGAUAUAGAAGAGGAGGCCAUGAAGAAUUACAAUCGGGGCGGACCAAGACAAGCAUUUGCAAUCUUUUGUAAUAAUAUGAGCUUGGAAAAACUUUGCCGAAGAUUCAUUAGACAGCGUUCUGGCUCAAAUAUACAAGAAGUUGCGACAUUUCUUGGUGUUCCACAUAUAAGUGAUUUUCUGCUGUUGAAUGACUGUCCAGAAUAUGAAAUUCCCCAUUCUUUAGACUAUGAUAGAUUUCUACACAAUCAAACCUCUCAUGAUUAUGUAAAUUAUAACUUAUAUGAUUUUGAUUGCCAAACUGAUGGUGAUAGCAAAUUAUAUGAUCAUAUACAAUACUUAAAUGAAAAUUCAUUUUACAAUUUUUCUUGA